GCGUCUGUGAUGCUUUAAAAGAGUAGAAUUCUACUAGCUGGCAAUAACUUGACAAGAAUUGAUCAGUAAGUUUGGAUAAUUUAUUGGGGAAGAUUUGUAAAGUUGCUUGUAACAUGUAGGUUAUAACAGGGAUGGCAUUUUGGGUCAAACACACGGCGCUAUUUGUCGCCAUAUUAUUUGUUUUACAGAGCUAUGUUCGUUCGGAGAUAUCCCGAAGUAUCGAUCAACGAAAGGCUUCUUAUAGUAAAUCUAGUGUUGUAAAUAACACCGAUGACACAAGUAGAGUUCUCGAAACCGUUUAUACAUCUCGGAAAAUGGAUUGUUCCAGAGCCUGUACAGAGAAAGCUGAUUGUGAGCGAUAUUUGUAUUGUUCCCAUGAUUCAUCCUGUAAAUUAUAUCAAGAUGGCGGAGAUUGUGUUAGGUCUGGUGAUACAACUGGUUGUUCCUGUUACACACAGACUAUUCGUUGUGAGGAUUCAGAUUGUACCUGUCCUUCAGGCCAAUAUGGAGAAGGAUGUGAAGCUACCAUUUCAGGUUGUAUUACCCCCGCCUCACCUUAUUCUGAUGAACAUGUAAUACCAGAAUUUGACCAGUCUGUUAGACUGUGGCGUAACGGCACCAAUCUUACAUACAGCUGUUCUCCGUCCUACUAUCCUACUGUCGACUGGACAUGUAAAGCUAAUGGUACUUGGCAGGAACCAGUCUGUAAAGCUUUAAGAAAAUGUACAGAACUGAAUCAAUGUAAUCCCGUAUAUUCAGAAGGGAAAUAUGUAUUCAAAUAUCCUGGAACUGACCAUGACAUGAUAGUACAAUGUUUCACAACAUCAGGUUGGACUUAUGUACCUCUAUCACCUUAUACCACGUUCAGUUACUAUUCAACUAAUUAUUCAGCAUCUUGUCAUCCAAAACAGUAUACAUGUGGUUACAGAUAUUUCACUGUUAUUCCAUUACUAAUCACGUCCACUAACGUGUAUCCAUGGGGCGACCCUUUCUUUUCAAUGACUGACUGUGAUGGACCAAGUUUGUAUCGCGCUGGUAAAAACUGUGACCCUGAGUGUGAAAUCCCGGAACCUGGUAUAUUCCAGAUAGAUCUGCGUGGUACUGGUCUUAAACAUAAACCAUUUACGUUAGUCUAUGGACAAGCUGUUUUCUCGGACAAUGAACAACUAGUAACAGCAAGUUGUGAUGAUUGUAUUAAAGUGUGUAGACCUGUGGCAUUUACAGUAUUACUGCUGCCGGCAUAUGGAACAGAUAUUGAUUAUACCAACACUACCAGACCAGUCUGUCUGUCAAGAUCCUAGAUAUCAGAGGUCAAGAUACCAAUACUGAACGGAACUAAUCGCCAUUUAGGAGCUAUAGCGUUAAUUUCCCGACAUAGAUGUAUAAUCGGAGUAAAGUACAUGUUUACGUUUGAGUCAUAAUAAAAUUUAAUUAAAUUGA